AUGAAAGCCGCCAGAGGCAACUCUGUGAAAGCUGAUCUGGGAGGUACAUGGGUUUGUCCCACACAACCGAAUAUCUUGAAACUAAUCGAGGAGUUUGGUCUCAAAGCAUUUCCACAGCAUUCCAACGGCACGAAAUGGGCUCAGUUGGGAAGGCCAGGCUGGAGACCGUACAGCACUAGUCGUCCCUCAAAAAGUAUACGAGAAUUUUCACUCAGCGAGGUGAUGGACUUGUGGUGGAGUGUGCGAAAAAUGGAAAAACUUGCAGAGCAGGUGAAGGUGGAGGAUCCGUUCGUUUGGCAUCAGGCCAGCGAGUUGAACGGGAUAUCGUUAGGGCACUGGAUCCGGCAGAACGUAAGAGGGCGUAGUGCAAGAGAUGCACUUGAGAUCGCCGCUCGAGCCACUUAUGGCGCAGAACCGACAAUAUUAUGGAUCUUAACGGUGAUGGAGCGCAAGCCAUGCGAGUGCAGGGCGGAACAGAACAAAUUGCCAAGCAGCUUGCCAACGAAGAUCGGCAAGGAUCGAAUCAUUCUCAACAGAGCCGUCGAGCGCUUCGAGGUGGACGAAAGCAGCGGCAUCACCAGGGUCCACACUUAUUCCACCAAUGCUGCCUGUGAAAAGAUCGUCUACACUUGCUCACAAGUAAUCUGUGCCAUUCCACUAAAUCAAUGUGCAAAGAUCUCAUUUUCUCCUCCACUGCCACACCUCAAGCAACGUCUGUUUGACUCAUGUAUUCCUGGGAACAUGAUCAAGUUCGUGAUCACCUUCGAGACUGCUUUCUGGAGAGGAGAGGGUUGGUCUGGGGAACUGAUCAGCACCGGUCGUACAUCGGUUCCAAACGAGGUGCUCCCAGUCAACUGUACGUUCGACUACACCUCCAUCACGGGGAUUCCAGCAUUGAUAGGAUUCAUGAACGAGGAAUACAUAGAUAUGACGAAGGAGGAUCGGUGUAACGCAGUUGUUCAAGACCUGAUGCGAGUUUUCGGCGAACGAGCCAUGGUGUGGAGUAGGGAGCCAUUCAUCGGUGGUGCUCCCAGCGUCUUCAUGCCUUGUGGAACGAUGGAAUCGUGGCUUACAACACGUGAACCAUUCAUGACCAUUCACUUCGCUGGAGCCGAAACAGCCUCAAAAUGGAUUGGGUACAUGGACGGUGCAGUGGAGAGCGGGUUU